CUGAACAUUUGGAUCCCAUGCUCAUUCAACAGACGAAAAAAUGUGAGUGAUGCUUUUGAAACUUGGAGGGCCCUAGUCCCUGCAAGAUGUUCAGCCUUUCUUGUUCAAUUUGAUAUCAUUCACCUUCCGAGGUUGUUCCGAUUUCUUCAACGUACUUUUGCGCAAUUAAUUUCAGUUUUACGAGCUCCUAAAAGUAAAGAAGGUUAUGCUGCUAUUGGAGGUGGUUCGCCAUUGCGUAAAAUAACAGAUGAGCAUGUUUCAGGGCUGAGUAUCAUUUUAAUAGCAAGUGCAUUAAAAUCGGCACUAGAAGCUAAAGAAUUUUCUGCAAAUAGGACUAUGUUGCCCUGCGGUACUGGCAUCCACUCACUCAGGAAGCUGUCCAUCAGGCAAGUUACUCACCUGAGCCUCCUGAUAAUUCUGAUAAACGACGAAGGUCAAAAUAGGAAUUGCGCUGCUUUCUUGCUAAAGAACAAGAAGACUUACCUGUUAGAUUGCUCGGCCGAAGCUAGAGCAGAUGAACGGCCAUUCGGCCGGAGAAACAGAGCGAGAGAUAAACAUCCGGCAGCUCAAGGACUCCUUUUGGGCCUAAUCCGUAGCAGCACUGUGAAACGGGCCAACCCAGCCCGGACCGAUGGGCCCUCUGCGGGCUCGCCGAAGACGGCUCAAGGCCUCGACAAUCGCCUAGGCCUUGAGGUUCUCGUAGGAAUAUUGGAAAUAGCUGGUUGCGCUCGAAAA